UCGCGGGAAUUGAUGGAAAAGGGGGACGGGCCAUUGGAACGAGAGCGCCACUCUAGCUAGCUGUGUACAAGUACAAGUACUAGGAUGUUUUCACCUGCUCCGAGGACUGAAGCUAGCUGGAGUGAAGACACUCCAUCACAGGAGUACAAGAGCUCGCCAGGCAGAGCUAGGAUACUCUUGCUCUCCCCUCACUCGUUUGUCUCACCCAGAAGAACUCAACACAACUCCAGCAACACUACUAAGAGGAGUCUCAGAGCAGCAGCCAAAUUCGAUAUUGUGAGCUACCUCCCCUCCGAGAUUGCAGUCACCAUAUUCCAGCUCCUCUCUCCGGCAGACCUAUGCAAUGUGUGUCAGGUGUCCCAGAGGUGGAGUGUGUUGUCAGGGCUCGGAGGAUUGGACAAGAUACGCAGACGCUUUCUAAGACAAGCCAGAGAGAAAUAUUCAGAGAACAAAGAGAACUCUACACAACUGCCCACUCCUCACCUACUCAGAUCUUCAUGCAGCCCUCUCACUCUCAUCCAGUCAUCAUCUAUACAACGCUACCGUACCCCCAGUCCUGGACCCCCUGUGGAGGCUGUGGGGGGUCUGGCCAUCUGUGACCAUGAGAUUCGUCGCUGCUUGUUUCCCGGGCAACCACCACCACCCAUCAUCACAGAACCCGACACCAUUGGCAAGAAAGCCAACAAACACCGGCUCAAAAGACUCUAGAUAUUGACACAGAUGAACAUUAUAAUUUAUUUUCUUUUUAUUCACUUGGAAGUUGUACUGUCAAGUCACCUUUUAAUAUUUAAUAAUAAUUAUUAUUGCAAACAA